GGAUACUGCUAUGUAUUGUUUUACACUGAGGACAACACCCUUGCUAGAAGCGGCAUACAAGACAUCCGUUCCUACGCAAACUUUAUUGACUUCUUCGGUUGGCCCAAUUCUUGGAUAGGUGCUUUCGGUCUAAUCGCUUAUAUAAUUCUUAGGUUGACUGUUUAGUGUACCUGUGCUUUAGGAAAAGCGUGUUGACGGGUCGUGUGUAUUUGUAAGAAGCCACUCGCAGUUGGACCUAUACAAGGGAAAUGGGGCAGGAACAUUUACCAUCCGUAGAUCUAGACUUCGUCAAGCACGCUGAAGACGAGUACCAUAGCAUCUACCAGACUGGCAAAACCGACGAAGUCGAUGCUGCCCGCUUCAGACUAGUAUGGGCCCUCGUCCACAGCGCCAACCGCGGCCAUCAAUCUCGCGGCCUCGACUUAUGUCGCGCCAAGCUGCAGGGCCAGCAGCAGCAGGACAAGGAGUACCGCUACUUUGCGGCAGUGGCUGCCUACAACCUGGGUCGCUACAUCGAGGCGCGGCGGGAGCUGGCAACACUGCUCAAGGAGCCCCCGGGUUUCCGGCAGGCCGAGUUCCUGCGCGGCCUGGUGGAGGACGCCAUCGUGCGGGAGGGGC